AUGCAAUUUGGCACCUUUAUGAAAAAACGUCUCAACAAGGAUGAAAUAUCCAAUCCUAGAAACUUUGAACACCUAAUACACACUGAAAGUGAGGAGCAAGCACAAGAAGCAUUGGAAUAUUGGAACUUGAAUCAUACUGUCAAAAAUAUGCCAGGAGGAAAUGAUGAUGCCUUGUUUGGAGGGAACGGUUCUGGUACCGUUGUCAUCAAGAAUAACGAAGUACGCCAAGAAUUGCCAUUUUCCAAAGAAAUACCGCUGUCUUUGACUACCAUCGAAAAAUCUGUCGCGGCAAAAGUUUAUCUUGAAAAUUAUUUUUACGACAUUCUCAAGAAACCUUCGGGACGAGCCAAAAGACGUUUGCAACUUGAAGCCGAACUUGACGAAAUGUCAUUACCAGAUCAAGAUAAGCGGGAAAUUAGACAAGAGUGGCUUAACCUUGAGUCUGAUUAUAUGCGCCUUCUACGUAAGAAAAUUACGAUCAAUGCUUUCCAUAUUAUAAAAACAGUUGGCCACGGUGCCUUUGGAGUUGUCAAGCUUGUCCGCGAAAAAAACACGGGUAUGCUAUAUGCUAUGAAGAUAAUGAGAAAGGCCGAUAUGCUAAAGAAAGGCCAGGAAGGUCACAUACGUGCCGAACGAGAUCUUUUAACAGCUGCGGCGGAAUCGGCUCAAUGGAUCGUCAAGUUGAUUUAUUCUUUCCAGGAUGCCGAUCAUCUAUACCUUGUUAUGGAAUAUAUGCCCGGCGGUGAUCUAUUAAAUUUGCUUAUUGAAAAAGACAUUUUUGAGGAAAAUUUUGCGAAAUUCUAUGUGGCAGAAAUGGUAUUGUGUAUCGAGGAAGCGCACAAAAUGGGCUACAUUCAUCGGGAUAUUAAACCAGAUAACUUUCUCUUCGACAAAGAUGGACAUAUAAAACUUUCGGAUUUCGGUUUGGCCACUGAUUUUCAUUGGGCUCAUGAUUCUGCCUAUUAUGAUCAACAACGCCGAGAUCUUUUGCGUAAGACAGGCGUUGACGUCGAAAUCGAUACGCUUUCAAGAGAGAUGAGCAAGAAAUACCGAACAUCCAAGUGGGCAGAUCAGUGGCCCGACGAGGGGUCGGACGAUGAUGUUCCUAACUCUCGUGUUUUAACUUGGAGGGAUAGACAUCGUAAAAGGAUGGCCUUUUCUGUUGUGGGUACCAACAACUACAUGGCGCCAGAAAUUUUGAGGGGAGCCGGUUAUGAUUAUAGUUGUGACUGGUUAGUCGCUGCUCAAGUCAUCAUUUUUGAAAUGUUAUAUGGCUUUCCACCAUUCAGCAGCAAAUCCCGUCAUACUACUCGUUUGAAAAUUAUUAAUUGGCGAACAAGUCUAAGAUUUCCUUCUAGACCUCGUGUGUCUCGUGAAGCUCAAGACCUAAUGGAGCGCCUUAUGUGCGAAAAGGAAGAUCGCCUUGAUUCUCAAGGGUCUGCCUUAAAUAGGCCCAAUAAACUAUAUGUUGCAAACAGGAAAUCUGCGGUAUUGGGUUUAGGGGAUGCGUCGGCAAUUAAGUCGCAUCCGUGGUUUAAGGGUAUAGACUGGAACAACCUACACACAAUGACGCCGCCAUUCGUACCCCAUUUGAAGAACGAGAUAGACACAAGGUAUUUUGAAGAGGAUAUUGACGACAAUCCGCUGGCUCCACCGGACGGUGAAAGAAAACCGAGGGAUCCCAUGCUGAGGGAUAAACAUCAUGGAAAGGAAAUAUUGAAUAUGCGGAAAACAUUGGCAUUUGUUGGGUAUACGUACAAAGGGUUGCCAACCGAGAAUCGUCGUGGAAGUAUGGCAGAAAGAGUUCGAGGGAGAUCGGUGUUUAGAAAUGUCGAGGAGGAAGGAAGUUUGAGACUUCGAUCUAUGAGUCUAUAG